UCUGCUCAACCGUUAUCUUGCAGGUGAGCGGCUCAUACAGUAUGCCAGCGAGAAUCUUGUGACGGAGGUGCUCAUACAUCCGCAAUACAAUACGCUUAUACAAUGCAUGCGUAAUCUACUCAGUAGUUUUACGAGGCAUCGCCAUAUUAUACACGCUGGCUACACCUUUAGCGGCAACGGUUCUUGGAUCCUACAGGACGGCACCUUCUCGGUGGCUGACUUUGCGGAGGCAUUUCAAGAGCACGACGUACAAAGGGUGAUACGUGCCUAUGCGGACACCAUAACGAUGAAUAUACACUGUGCAGACGCUGGUCUAUGGCACACAUUGCCGGAUAAGGUAUUUUCGCGACAGUGUAAAAUACGCAUCAAUCCGGUGGAUGUCCUGGACACCAGCAGCGAGUCCAUCAAUGGCUUUAUAGAUUAUCUGGCGCCCAUGGUGGUGCCAACGUCACUGCGCGAGCUGCUGGAGACGUCGGAUGUGGUGGGCAAUAUACGCUUUACACACCCAACGCUCUACGUGUUUCCCGGGGGCCAGGGCGAUGCCGCGCUCUUUGGCAUCAACGGCUUUAAUAUGCUAGUUGAUGGCGGCUUCAAUCGCAAGGCCUGCUUCUGGGACUUUGCACGGCAUUUGGACCGGCUGGAUGCGGUGCUGAUGACGCGCCUGAACAACAGCAAUGUGCAGGGACUUGGGGCUGUGGUGUCACGCAAGCGGGACUCUCAUGUCUAUCCACAGAUUGGUCAUUUCUUUGGCAAUGUUCCCGAUCGGAAGGGUGGACUGCCCAGUCCUGACGGCGAUAAGGAUCGUAAUCCACUGCUGAUCGAUCUGUUUGAGCGCGGUCACGCCUUGGUCAACGAUCUAAAGUCGCUGGAUCUCAAGCCGCAGUGCUGCUAUCGCAAUCAAGAGCCUAUAAAUCUCUACCACAAGGUUGGUCACGGUACCCUGGAUAUGUAUGUGAUAAGUCCUUCGCGGGACUCCAAAGAGGUCAAAGAGUUUCUACAGAAAUGGAAUUCCGGAGAUCAGCGUCUGUUCACCGCGCGCGACACCAAGGAGUUUAACUUCCCCCUGCAGAAUUUGGUAUCCAUUUGUGCGCUGCUCGUCUGGCAACCGGCUAACCCGGAUGAUACCAUUACGCGUAUCCUUUUCCCGGGCAGCACACCCGACUUUAAGAUCCAGGAGGGUCUGGAGAAGCUCAAGCAUCUCGAGUUCAUGAAGCACUCCACUUGCACGGCCAAGUCAAUAGCUCCAGCUAUACAGACAGUGACAAGCACCAGAAAGACACUCAAAUCAGCUAUUGAAGGCACUCCGCCCAGCGCUAGCUAUAAGCCCAGCAAAUUUGGCCCAACUGCCAUAGCAGCCGUGGCCGUGCAGCAGGAUAACAAGGCAAAGGAGGCUAAGGAAGCAGCAGCAGCAGCAGCGGCAGCAGCAGCAGCUGCCGCAGCAACCGCUGCAACUACAACUGCUUUGGAGAUACCUGGCGAUCAAGUGGAGCGACCCACACCUCUUUUGAGUGCUAAGGCGGACUCCAUAGACACGGAUGAGCCAGACGCUGAGCCUGAACCGGAGCUCGCUAUCGACACCGGUGACGAGGGAGCGCCAGAGCCUUCCGUCCCCUCCACGGAGCCAGUUGAGCACGAAGACAACAAGGACACUGAUGAGGAGAAAAAGGUGGAAGUGCUGAUUGUCAAGCCACAGCCGGCAGCUGCUGUCAAGGACGCAGUUGAUGCAGCCGCCACCGAAGCCAGCAGCAAGACAGCAAAGGCCGCCAAGGGCAAGCCGGACAAACCUCGAGCGGAAGUCAAGCCAGUUGUACGCUCGAGAAUUGACAGCAAGCCGCCAAAGUCUAUGGACCGCAAGUUGGUGAAGCGUGAGGACAAAAAGAGCUCACCUACGGCCACGCCAGCUGUAAGCCGAACGCCAGCGACGCGCGAUGUCAAGCCUAAGGUAAUGACACGCACCACUAAGUCCAGUCCCAGCAGCACACCUGCCAAGAGCGCCAAGGAGGCCAACAACCGCAAGGUGCUUGAAUCCAAGCAACAGGCGACCGCGGCUCGGCAGAGCACAACCAGCACACGUCGCACUGUUGCCACCAUGGAGAAGAGGUCUGUGGCGGAGUCAAAGACAACGCCGCAAGCAACGAUGCAAGCAGCGCAGCGCAAGCCUAUCUCCCGAAGGCCACGAGGAGUCUCUCCAUCCAAGCGAGCUCCGGCCCCUGGCAGUCCCAUUAAGUCAGCUAAGCCAAAACCUGAUUUGAAGAAGUCACGACUGGAUAAGGGUGGUACCACAGACUCCAGCUUGGUGUCCACACCGUCCGCAGAUGAGGCGACAGCAGCCAAAAAGAUGUUAGAGCUAAGUGCUUCACAAGAGUUAGAUGCUGAAAAGCAACGGGAAUUGGAUGACCUCAAGGAAGAACAGGAAGUUGUGCGAGAAAUUGAGGCAGUUUUUAGUCGGGACGAGAUGAAACGGCAGCACUUGAUCAAAGCGGAGCUGCGUGAGAUGGCCAAGCAGGAUAGCACAACGGAGGCCGAGGAAGAGGAGGAAUACUUAAUUAUUGAAAAGGAAGAGGUAGAACAGUAUACAGAGGACUCAAUUAUUGAGCAAGAGCAAGAGAGCAGCAUGACUAAGGAGGAAGAAAUUCAAAAGCAUCAGCGCGACUCGCAGGAGUCAGAAAAGAAGCGUAAGAAAAGUGCAGAGGAGGAAAUCGAAGCCGCCAUCGCAAAGGCUGAAGCUGAGGAGCGUAAGGCUCGUUUAGAAAGUAGUGAAGCAGCUAGGCAUGAGCUGCACGAACAUUUACACAGCCCUGAGAAAACUGAGAUCAAGGCUGAGGUUCAAGAGAUCAUAUCCACUGCCAAGGACAUUGUCAAGUCUCGCACUGAUGAACUGCCGCAGGCUAAGCAUGCUGAAGAAGAAUUUUCUUCCCCUACUCCUGAUGAUAAGCUCAGUAGCGCCAAGAAAACUUCUGAUACUAAGGACGAGCUGAUUGAAGCUCCUGAGUUGCCGCCCAUUAAUUUGCAGGAAAGUCUUCCAGAGGAAAAAUUCUCCGCCACAAUUGAAUCCGGAGCUACCACAGCUCCUACCCUACCCGAAGAUGAACGCAUUCCAUUGGACAAGAUUAAGGAAGACUUGGUCAUUGAGGAAAAAUAUGUCAAAGAGGAAACCAAGGAGAUCGAAUCGAUUGUUGUAGCUACCGUUGCAGUGCCUGUCGCAGCAACGACAGCGGCCUCCAUCAUCACACCAACCGAAACAAAAAUUGUGGUCGCUACUGAGCCGCUUGCCGCUGGUAUGGAUUCUGCAGAGAGAGUCUUACCCAAGAAAAUGACAUUUGAGGCACAGCAGAAUCUAAUGCGGGAUGUUAUAAAAACACCUGAUGAGGUGGCAGACUUGCCAGUACAUGAGGAAGCUGACCUUGGGCUAUAUGAGAAAGACACACAAGACGCAGGAGCCAAGAGUAUUUCACAUAAGGAAGAAACGGCCAAAGAAGAAAAAGAAACCGAAGAUGAAAAAGUUGUCAAGGAUAUUGAUGUGGAAGAGGCAACCGAACAUAUUCCUAAGCCCGAGAUUAUUGCAAAGACAGAGACAACUCCCAAGAAGGAAUCCGACGAAGAGACUGCGGUUCCCAUUGUUCAGAAAACUGAUGUUAUAAGUGAAGCGAUUCCGGACAAAGAUAAUAUGAAUUGCCAGCACACCCUGUCCAACCUACCGCUGCGCCGACAAAAGUGA